UCAUCGAAAAACUCGAUUAGUGUAGAGAUUAUGAGGAACUGAGAUCGUAUUAAAUUGAUAAAUUAUCACAUAAAAAAUGACGUUGUACCAUUUUGGUAAUUGUGUGGCACUAGUUUAUGUACCCUAUUAUCUGACAUAUAAAUAUUCUGGCCUAUCUGAGUACGGAGCCUUUUGGAAAUGCAUACAAGCCGGAGGCAUUUACAUAUUUACACAAUUAGUAAAAAUGCUGGCUUUAGCAACAUUUUUUCCUACAGCUGACAGUGUAGGACAGGAAGGCUUCGAUUUUUUUGGGGAAUUUUUAAAAUACUCGAUAGACCUGGCAGAUCUCGUAGGAAUUUUGAUAGUCCUCAAUGGAAUUCCUGGGAAGGGACACGCCAAAGUUCUGACUGCAGGAAUUGGCUGGGCUGGAGCUGAAGUACUUCUCACAAGAUUUCUCCUCCUCUGGGUUGGCGCACGAGGUGCUGAAUUCGACUGGAAGUACAUCCAGAAGAGUCUGGAGUCAAAUAUCUCUCUAGUUCAACACAUAACAACUGCAACACUCGUGUGGUUGUGGUCACGACAUGAUUUGAAGAGAGGAUUGGUACCUGUUGUAAUUGGAAUGCUCUUGCUCACAGUGUACAGGCCAUUAAUUUUGGAAUUAUUGAUCUCAUUACUCCUAGCUGGACCCUGGUCGUCUUUGCUCAUCAAGGCUACUACCACACUCUUCAUGGGGACCAUUACAUUACACAUGUACGCAGGCUUAGCUCAUUCCAUUGGAAUUUUUUAAUUCCCUUGAAAGAAAUCUUUCAUUGUUAAUAUCCUAUUAAUAUCAAUAAUAAAUUAAUUCAUUAACUCAA